AUGGCCAAUAUGCCGGCCCCAGAGGCCAUCCAUUCUCUGGCAGAUAAAUCAGCUGCCGCCGUCUCCAGUGUGGCAGAAGCUGCUGUGACCUCCAUGGCUUCUGCAAAAGGUACCGAGGCUGCGUCCUCGACUACGUUUGGCUUGUUGGGACGCGUUAUACUGUCUAUUCUCGGUGUGCUGCCGACAAUCUUGUACUGGGUCAGCUAUACUAUCCCAGCAUGGCUGUUCACUCUGUUCUCCAUGAGCUUGACCUUCACAAUGAACUUUACCACACUGAUGCUGCUAGUGGUGUUUGUCGUGUCGACAGUUAGUUACUUCGUGAGAUAUCGAUACAUGACCAUGUACACACGUCUACCACAGGAGCCGCAGCGUGAGGAGCCCCAGGUAGAAGUCUUUCCUGAUAGCGCCGAGACAGAUUCGAAAAGGGGUCUCUCGAAUUAUCUCGACGAGUUCUUGAGUGCUAUCAAAGUUUUCGGAUAUCUCGAACGUCCCGUCUUCCAUGAACUUACACGCACCAUGCAGACUCGUCGUCUUGUGGCUGGUGAGACUAUUCUCCUCGAGGAAGAGAAGGGGUUCUGUCUCGUGGUAGAUGGUCUUGUGCAGAUUUUUGUCAAGUCGAAUCGAGAUAGCUCAGAUUCUGAUGAGGAUGAUAGCGGAGGUGGAGAAUCCCCAGAGGGUUCUUCGCACCAGGGCCAUCGUCAAGGAUACCAGCUCUUGACUGAAGUCAAGAACGGUGCACCCAUGACUUCGCUAUUCUCGAUUCUGUCGCUGUUUACUGAAGAUGUCAAACUUCGCCACGAUGAAGACGAGGACCCCGGUUCAAGCAUACCAGAAACCCCACCUGGCCAUAUCAGACCCUCAGUGACCAGGACGAGCAGUUACGGGCCAGACGAUUCGAGGCCGCAUAGUCCUAAUGGCAUCUCGGCAGGCAAUUUGCAGCAUCGAAGAACAUCAACCCUCAACAGUCCAACAGCCGGAGGUCGCCUCUCAAGUGUACCACCCCUUUCCCUAGAUACAGAUGGGUACAGCGAUCGUCUGAAGCACACCAAGACACGAGCAUCGCCACCUCGAACGGUAAAACCAAAGUCCGCUGCUCAUCCUGACAUCGUUGCGCGUGCAACUGUAGAUACCACUAUCGCUGUUAUUCCCGCUACUGCAUUCCGCCGUUUGACACGGAUAUAUCCCAAAGCGACAGCGCACAUUGUUCAAGUGAUUAUUACCCGGUUGCAGAGGGUCACUCUUGCUACCAGCCAUUCCUACCUCAGUCUGACUAACGAAGUCCUCCGAACUGAGAAGCUGAUGAACAAGUACACCACAUAUGAUCUUCCAGGUUUUCUCCGGGAUGCUCCACUUGAGCGACUCAAGGAGAAGUUCAACCAGGAGACGGAACGCAUUGGUCUAGAUGAGGGCAUGAAGGGCAUCGCAUUGCACAACUCUGGAGCUGGUCGUCGACGCCGGUCUAGCGUUUCAUUAAGGAGGGGAACAGCUGCAAAGGCUCGGCUUGCUGCUGCGCGUGGCGCUUCUAUUGAUAUCACUGGUGAAAAGCUGGUCAACAUGGCAUCUCCACCACAGCAGACGAUGGACUCGGGACCUCGCAACGAUCGCAUCAGUGCUGGUGACCUCCUGACCAACUCUCAAAUGGCUCGUGGCACCGGUCGCUCUGGCAGAAGCAGCUUUUCACAGCCAUACCAGCAUGACCGCCGAGAUGCUCGCACACCGUUAGACGCAAGUACUUUCAAUCCCUUCGCCUCACCAUCGUUACGGCCAUCGGUACAUCGACAAGAAUCUAUUGAUGAAGCUACCGUGUUCAGAGAAUCCAUAUUGCACUGCAUGUUCAAAGCUAUUGGCCUGACUAACUUUGAGAAUUCUAUGCCCCGGCCCACGGGAUCCGUUGAGCAGUCACCACGACUAGUCUCAUUCGAUGCCAAGAGACAAAAAGCGUUCUUUACAAAUGCAUUUAGCUUUAUCGAUCCCUACGAAGCUUCGCGAGAUGGCGAUACGGAGUCUGUAGCCUCGGUUUCAGGCAUGUCUGCAGCAAGCGUAUCCAGCCCCUACAAUAUCACAGAAGAGAUUGUAAACGAUGUUGAAAUCGUCUUCUUCCCAAAAGAUGCUGUGCUUGUUGAGCAAGGUGAACGGAAUCCUGGUUUGUACUAUGUCAUAGACGGGUUUCUAGAUGUUAGUGUGGCUGUCGAGGAUGAGAGCUCAGAGACCGAUGUGUUUGGAACUCAUCCUAACGGAUCUGGAUAUACUGAGGAAGAUCUCUUUGGACCUGAAAUGAGGCAAAAAAAUAAGGGCACAUCUCUGCGCAACUCGGCAGACAGUGGAAAGAAGAAGCGCUCGCGGACGAGUCUCUUUAUGACAAAACCAGGUGGUCUGGCUGGCUAUCUCGGCACCAUCUCCUCAAACCGAUCAUUUGUCGAUGUCACGGCUAAGACUGAUGUUUACGUCGGCUUUCUUCCACGCGCUUCCAUUGAGAGGAUCGUCGAACGCUAUCCCGUUGUUCUCUUAACAAUGGCUAAGCGUCUUACCAGUCUUCUACCGCGCUUGAUCCAGCACAUCGACUUUGCUCUCGAAUGGGUUCAAGUCAAUGCAGGACAGGUAAUCUACAACCAGGGUGAUGAGAGUGACGCCAUCUACAUCGUACUCAACGGACGUCUACGUGUUAUUCGCGAUGCUGAAAAUAGUUCAAUGAAAGUCAUUGGCGAAUACGGCCAAGGAGACAGUGUUGGUGAGCUAGAGGUCCUCACAGAGUCUGCGCGUCCAGGAUCCUUGCAUGCCAUUCGCGAUACUGAGCUCGCCAAACUCCCCAAGACAUUGUUCAACAGCCUCGCUCUUGAACAUCCUGGCAUUACGAUUAAAAUCUCAAAAAUGAUUGCCUCCCGCAUGCGAGCUUUGGUAGACGAUCCGCUUCACGAGCAAAGUAAAGAACGAAGUGCGAAAGCCACACGAACGAAUGUAUCUUCCACGGUGAAUCUGCGCACAGUGACAGUGCUGCCAGUCACUGCGGGUAUUCCCGUUGUAGACUUUGCCAGCCGGCUUGUGAACGCGCUUACUCAGAUCGGCAUGCCUCGAGGCGUCGUUUCGCUCAAUCAAGCUGCCAUUUUGAAUCAUCUGGGACGCCACGCUUUCAAUCGGAUGGGCAAGCUCAAGCUUUCACAGUACCUUGCUGACCUGGAGGAGAGAUAUGGAAUGGUCAUAUAUGUAGCAGACACGCCCGUCAAAUCGCCUUGGACUCAGACGUGUAUCAACCAGGCCGAUUGUAUUCUGCUCGUCGGUCUGGCCGAGUCCUCUCCCAAUAUUGGAGAGUACGAACGGUUCCUGUUGACGACAAAGACGACUGCACGCAAGGAGUUGGUGCUGCUACACACGGAAAGGUACUGUCCCUCUGGUCUGACAAGGAAGUGGCUGCGCAAUCGACCUUGGAUCAAUGGAAGUCACCAUCAUAUCCAGAUGUCGUUCCGUGCCACUGCCGAGCCAGUACACCAUGUCGGAAGGCGCUUCGGAAAGACACUCAAGCAGAGAGUUCAGGUAAUCCAGGCGGAGAUACAAAAGUACACGUCUAGAAAAGUUCGCCAAACUCCGUUGUACUCGGCGGAUACACCCUUCAAGGGCGACUUUCAUCGACUUGGCAGGCGCAUCUGUGGCAAAUCAGUAGGGCUGGUGUUGGGAGGCGGAGGUGCACGAGGCAUUUCACAAGUCGGUAUCAUUCGCGCACUUGAAGAAGCUGGCAUACCCAUCGACAUUGUCGGCGGUACAUCGAUUGGCAGCUUCGUAGGUGCGCUGUAUGCCUGGGACGCUGAUGUUGUUCCCAUGUAUGGCAGAGCGAAGAAGUUUGCAGGACGUAUGGGCAGCAUGUGGAGAUUUGCUUUCGACCUUACUUAUCCUUCUGUCUCGUAUACGACGGGUCACGAGUUCAACCGCGGUAUCUUCAAGACAUUUGGCAAUUCCCAGAUGGAAGACUUUUGGCUGGAAUUUUAUUGCAACACGACGAAUAUUAGCAAGUCACGAUCAGAGAUUCACACUUCAGGCUAUGUCUGGCGGUACGUCCGGGCCUCGAUGUCCCUUGCCGGUCUCUUGCCCCCGCUCUGCGACAAUGGCAGCAUGCUGUUAGACGGCGGGUAUAUUGACAACCUCACCGUCGCUCACAUGAAGAGCCUUGGGGCGGACGUGAUAUUUGCCGUCGAUGUGGGAAGCCUGGACGAAGACACACCACAGGCGUUUGGCGAUUCCCUCUCCGGCUUCUGGGCCACACUGAACCGCUGGAAUCCGUUUUCAAGCCACCCCAAUCCUCCCACGCUGUCUGAGAUCCAGUCUCGUCUUGCGUAUGUGAGCAGUAUCGAUGCGCUGGAGCGGGCAAAGAAUACACCGGGCUGUCGGUAUAUGCGGCCUCCGAUUGAUGCAUACGGCACGCUGGACUUUGCCAAGUUUGAGGAGAUUCACGAUGUUGGGUACAAAUACGGCAAAGAAUAUCUAGCACAGUUGCGUGAGCAAGGCGUGUUGCCAGUGCCCGAGGAGACGGAGAAGGAAAGGAAUCUCCGACGGACAAUGGCUCCGCGACGGGCGAGCAUUUAG